AUGAAAAUCCUCCUGGCCGUGGCCGUCUUCUUUCUCAUCUCCACUCAACUGCUGGCGGAGGAAAUCCGAGCCGGCGAUGGUCUCAACUACUGGUCCGACUGGACCGACAGCGACUUGAUCAAGGAGGAGCUGGAUGAGCCCGUUGAGCAUCUUCUGCAGAGAAUCGCCCGGCGACCCAAGCCUCAGCAGUUCUUCGGCUUGAUGGGCAAACGAGAUGCUGAUUCCUCAAUUGCAAAACAAGUGACCCUGUUAAAGGCUCUUGAUGGAUAUGCCCAGUUCUCUAAUAAAAAAAGACAUAGAGCAGAUGCCUUUUAUGGACUAAUGGGCAAAAGAGCUUUAAAUUCUGUGGCUUACGAAAGGGAUGCAUUGCAGAAUUAUGAAAGAAGACGUAAAUAA